CUGCCUCAUGCUUUGCGUUUUACAUUUAGCUUUACAGGUGAAAAGAACACGUUAGAGAGGCCAAGGCCAUACCAUAGUUUGGAGCUCCCAGUUUACGAGAGGAGGAGAAGAAGAACCGCACGACACCCCACCCCACCUCCCGAUCGCCAAGAACCACAAUCCCCAAUCCACCCAAUAACUCUAAUUCCUCCCCCGAUUCGCCCUCGACCAAGAACCACUCGGAUCGAUCAAAGCCGCCACCUUUCCACCAAAUCCCCAAUCUUUUUUUUUUCUUCUUCUUUUCUUGCAAUUGAUGCGCUUCGCCAUCGGGAUUUGAGGGGAGGAAGAAGAAGGGGAUGGCGUGCAGGGGGUUCUUCGAGUGGGUCCUGAAGCUGCUCAACUUGGUGGUGAUGGUGGUCGGGCUGGCCAUGAUGGGGUACGGCGCCUACCUCCUCGUGGCGUGGCUCCAGCUGCUGCCUUCGCCGCCGCCGCUGCCGCCUGCGCCGGCGGUGGCUCCCGGCGGCGGCGGAGGCGGCGAGAUGGUGCGGCUCGGGAGGCCGCUGCUGCUCCUCCUCGACGUGUCGUCCUUGCCCGAUGGGACGGCGGAGAGGCUCUCCGCUGCAUGGUUUAUUUACGCGUUUAUUGGUGUUGGUGUAAUACUCUUCAUUACAUCCAUCUUUGGUUGUGCUGGAGCAUCGAGGGGCGGGUGCUGCUUAUCCUUUUAUUCGUUCCUCAUUAUUCUGUUCAUACUGGUAGAGCUUGCUGCAGGAGGUUUCAUUUUCUUCAACCAUAGCUGGAAAGAUGUAAUUCCAGUUGAUAAAACUGGUAACUUUGACAUGAUGUACAGCUUUUUGAAGGAGAAUUGGAGAAUCGCAAAGUGGGUUGCACUUGGAGCUGUACUAUUUGAGGCAGUGCUGUUCACUGUAGCUCUCAUAGUGCAGUCAGGCAAUCAAGCAGACUAUGACAGUGAUGACGAGUACAUUGCCCCAAGGUCUUCAACCCGGCAGCCGUUGGUGAACAAGCAACCUGUUGCUGACCCUAGGGUGCCCAACCUUGACUACCGUCCAAUCCGAAACGAUGCGUGGAGCCAAAGAAUGAGAGAAAAGUAUGGGGUGGACACCUUUGAUCCAAACAGGUUCCAACAGGCGACAAUAUCUCCCGCAGAACAAAGAAACCGAUGCGCAAUCCUCUGAAACUCGGUUGGUAUCAGUCGGUAGCGGCUCUAAUUUACACCCAACUGUACAAUAGCAUCGAUCGGUUCCCGCAUAAUGUAUACCUGCUUGAUGUCUUUGAACCAAUGUUGUUCAGUUGUUUAGGAUGUGGAGAGCCUGUCCAGUUAAAAAAAAAAAACUUGCACAGUUAGAGUUCUGUUGAACAUUUUGUAGUUUAUGCGCCCUUCCAUCUUGCAAUAAUUAAAUUUCAGUUUUUGUUAACAGAGACAUCUCCUGUUGUGCAUAAAACCUGCUAUGUACUCCCAUCGGUUCCUCUUUUCUUUUUAUAACAAGGUAUAUUAUAAAGUCAAUAAGUUAAAAAUUUA